AUGGCACCCGUCGCAGUCUCCCCCACUACCGCUACCGAAUUCGCUGCCACCUUCAAGAAAUCUGUUGCCUCUACACAACCUAAUACCCUCCACGACGUCAUCGCUCAAGCUGUCGACUGUUAUCCGUCUCACGAGCUUGGUUUCAUAACCUCCUCGGCACAUGACUCCUCCAUCCAGACCAAGACCUUCAGCGCCUUCAACCAAUCUGUUCGCAACCUUGCACGUGCCAUGCUGCAGUGGGGAAAACCCACAGGUUCAGUCGUCGUCGUGUACCUGACGGAGCACGAAGACAAUAUGGCUGCUGUAUGGGCGUGUCUGCUGGCUGGCUAUGUGCCCUGCUUGCAACCCGCGCUUAGCGCGCAACAGGCGCACAAGGAGGGCCAUGUUGCCCACAUCAAGAACUUGUUUGGGUCUGCUAUUUGGCUUACCAGCGAGCUUGGGGCUGAACAGAUCAGCACACUUUCUGGUCUGGAGGUUCAUCUGUUCUCUGAAUUAAAGGCAUCAGCGGAGAUAUUCACCGUCUCAGCUGACUGGAUUGGGUACGAGGCUAAGCCAGACGACGAGGCGAUCCUGUUCCUGACGUCAGGGUCUACUGGAUUCUCGAAGGCGGUCGUGCACACGCACCGCACGAUCCUGGCUGCAUGCCGUGCCAAGGGACAAAGCUACGGCCUGACUUCUGAAUCUCGAGUCUUGAACUGGGUCGGAUUUGAUCACGUCGCGGGAUCGUUAGAAAUGCACAUCACACCUCUGUUAUAUGGUGCUUCGCAACUCCACGUGCACGUAUCUGCUAUCCUUGCUGAUCCCCUUCGGUUUCUCCUCGAAUUGGCUUUCGCCCCGAAUUUCCUGCUCUCCAAGCUCACUCGUGAUCUGGAGAAGCACACCGACCUCUUCGGAUGCUUUGACAUAUCCUCCAUCAAGCGGAUCAACAGUGGGGGUGAAGCUGUUAUUUCCAAGACCGCGCAAGCGUUCGCUGCCAUGAUGAAAAAGUUCAGCAAAAACUCCGCGUCCUUUGUGAUCUCCGCUGGGUUUGGAAUGACGGAAACUUGCGCUGGAUGUAUAUACGGUCCUGUGGAUGUCCUUGCCACCGAGCCCGCUCACGAGUUCCUUGAUCUCGGUCGACCCAUCAAUGGUUGCGAGAUGCGCAUCGUUGACCCUGUAGAUGGCACCACCCUGCGCCCCGACGGAGAGAGCGGCGAGCUUCAGGUUCGCGGACCGAUGGUCUUCGUACGCUACUACAACAACGCAGAGGCUACGUCCUCCAGCUUCGUUGAGGGAGGCUGGUACCGCACCGGAGAUGUUGGUAUCAUCGAGAAUGGUGUGAUGCGCCUCAGCGGUCGUAUCAAGGACACCGUCAUUGUCCAUGGUGUCUCGUAUGGUAUCCCUGAGCUCGAGACCCAUCUCCAGACCGUGGAAGGGGUGACGCACUCGUUCCUCGCCGCAGCUCCGUACCGUGCUCCUGGGCAGGAGACCGAAGGGUUCAUCAUUUUCUACUCGCCGACAUUCGACCUCGAUGGGGCAGACGCUUCCACAAAGCUCUUUGCCACACACAGGGCCCUUCGGGAUAUCUGUAUGGAGAAGACGACACUGGGUAAACUGUCUCGUGCGCGUCUGAUCAGUCUGUUCAAGCAAGGUCAGCUUGGUCAGCACAUCGCGCGCUCUGAGGAGCUUCUCAGCGAGGCACGCGGCGCCACGUUUGUCGCCCCAUCCACCGAGACGGAGAAGGCGCUUGCGAAGAUAUAUGCUGGCAUCUUCAACCUUGCGGAAAGCGAGAUGUCUGCGAGCGACAACUUCUUCGAGAUCGGUGGUACUUCCAUUGAUGCUAUCCGGCUCAAGCGCGAAGGAGAGGAAUACUUCGGCCUGCCUGACAUCUCUGCCAUUCAAAUCCUCAAGCAUCCCGUUCUCUCGAGCCUGGCAAACUACAUCAACUCCUUGCUCUCCAAGAGCACCCAGACUGAGGAGUACGACCCCAUCGUUCCCCUCCAACUCACUGGAAAUAAGACGCCAAUUUUCUUCGUUCACCCCGGUAUCGGCGAGGUGCUCAUUUUCGUCAAUCUCGCUAAAUACUUUCAUAAUGAGCGCCCCUUCUAUGCUUUCCGUGCUCGUGGCUUCGAUACUGGGCACCCCUACUUCACCUCCAUGGACGAGAUGGUUUCCUGUUAUGCCGCAGCAGUCAAGAAGACUCAGGCGACGGGACCAUACGCCAUUGCGGGCUACAGCUAUGGUGGUGUUGUCGCGUUUGAAGUUGCUAAGCGGCUCGAGGCCAUGGGCGAUGAAGUCAAGUUCGUCGGUCUCAUCAACAUUCCUCCUCAUAUUUCCCCCCGCAUGACCGAGAUUGAUUGGACGUCUGGCAUGCUCCACUUGUCGUCCUUCCUUGGUCUCGUCUCGAAACAUGAUGCUGAUGAUCUAGCUCCUCCCCUGAGACUGCUCACGAGGCAGGAGCAGCUCGAGUUUGUGUGGAAGAUGUCGCCUCCUGAACGAAUCGUUGAGCUCCAGCUGACGCUCGAGAAGCUUGAUAAGUGGGUGGACCUCGCCGGGUCCCUCAUCGAUUGCGGACUAGAUUACAACCCAUCAGGCUCAGUUUCCGCACUCGAAGUUUUCUAUGCCAUUCCCUUUGCCGGAACCAAGGUUGACUGGCUCAACAACCAGCUCAAGCCAUGGUCUGGCUUCAGCCGCGGCGAGGCAUCAUAUACCGAUGUGCCUGGGGAACACCACACGCUCAUGGACUUUGAGCACGUCCCGCAGUUCCAGAAGAUUUUCCGGAGUCGUCUCGAGGCUCGUGGGGUGUAGACGUUGGAGUUGCAUAUUCCGAUUAUAUCUUGUCUUGCGUCGAUGAAGUUCUAUUAUGUAAACUAUAUAGUGGGAGUGCAUUUGUUUUGUACUUAAUUUGUUAUACAUCUUCACGUGCCGUAGGCCAGAG